GGGAAGGCGGAGGAGUGGCGGCGGCGCCCCGGUGUCCAAGAUGCAGCGAUUGCUCGUUCCGCCCUUGAAAGCCUGGCUCGGGGGCCAGUGUCUCAGGCUCCUGGCGCCCCGGGCUGCGUCUCGAGCUCAGUGUGGCUGCACCCGUGGGAUCUGGCGCCCGGUGAGGCCAGGCCAGUACAGCACCGUCUCGGAAGUAGCCCUGCAGUCUGGCAGGGGCACGGUGCCUCUUCCCUACAAGGCUGCCGAGCGAGUGGUGGGCCGAUGGCUUCUGAUCUGCAGUGGCACCGUGGCUGGAGCAGUUAUCCUCGGGGGAGUAACCAGGUUGACUGAGUCUGGCCUCUCCAUGGUAGACUGGCAUUUAAUUAAGGAGAUGAAGCCACCUACAACCCAAGAGGAAUGGGAAGCCGAAUUCCAAAAAUACCAGCAAUUUCCAGAAUUUAAAAUCUUGAAUCAUGAUAUGACAUUGGCAGAGUUCAAGUUCAUCUGGUACAUGGAAUACUCGCACCGAAUGUGGGGUCGUCUGGUAGGCCUGGCAUACAUCCUGCCCGCUGCCUACUUUUGGAGAAAGGGCUGGCUCAGCCGUGGCAUGAAAGGACGUGUUCUUGCCCUCUGUGGUUUAGUCUGCUUCCAGGGUCUUUUGGGAUGGUACAUGGUGAAAAGUGGAUUAGAAGAAAAACCAGACUCCCACGACAUCCCUCGGGUCAGUCAGUACCGUCUGGCUGCCCACUUGGGGUCUGCCCUGGUUCUUUAUUGUGCCAGCUUAUGGACCUCGCUCUCACUGCUGCUCCCGCCACUCAGGCUGCCUGAAACCCGUCAGCUCGUGCAGUUGCGACGCUUUGCCCACGGGACAGCGGGCCUGGUGUUCUUCACGGCACUCUCAGGGGCUUUUGUGGCAGGGCUCGAUGCCGGGUUAGUUUACAACUCCUUCCCCAAGAUGGGCGAAUCCUGGAUCCCAGGAGAUCUCUUCACCUUCUCCCCCAUCCUGAAGAAUGUGUUUGAGAAUCCCACCAUGGUGCAGUUUGAUCACCGGAUCCUGGGAAUCUCUUCCGUCACUGCCAUCACGGUGCUCUACUUCCUGUCCCGGAGGGUCCCCCUUCCACGCAGGGCCCAGAUGGCGGCAGCAACUCUCCUGGCCUUGGGGUACACGCAGGUGGCCCUGGGCAUUAGCACUCUGCUGAUGUACGUUCCGACCGCUUUGGCGGCCACUCACCAGUCGGGCUCCUUGGCCCUCCUCAGCGUCGCCCUUUGGCUCAUGAGCGAACUCCGGAGAGUCCCAAAGUGAUUCCGAGGGGACCAGCUUCCUCAAACCAAAACUGACCAGAGAGAGAGCACAGAAUUGGUGCUUUUCUAAGAAGAUGACACAGCAGCUUCCAAAUCGGUCAAGUCAUUUCAGACUGUUCCUUUUUUUGAGACUGGAUCUAGAAUGGCCUAAGUAUGGUUACACUUAUGCUUGUUUAAAUAUGUUACUUUUCAUAUUGAAAAUCAGGGUUUAGGGGGUGUAGCUACAGCACAGUGAGUAGGGCGUUUGCCUUGCAUGCGGCCUAACCAGGUUCGGUUCCCAGCAUCCCAGAUGGUCCCCUGAGCAUCACUGGGUGUGACCCAAAAAGGCAAAAAAAAUAAAAAAUCAGGGUAAAUGCAGGUAAAGGAAUGUCUUUUUGUCCAUUUGUUGCUUCUCCAUAGGCUCCAUCCGUUUCAAGCUUCUGAAUGUUGGCAAGUUCUUGGUUCUGUGUCUUUGAUCUCUGUCCCUUUUCUGCCUCGGCGGAAAUUCUUUAGGAUUUUAACUUCAUUUCCAUCAGGUGAAAGAAAAAAUAAGAGGGAGAAAUAGUAAUCUUUAGUGUGACCAGGUAGUCCCCAGAAAAAGCCAGGGUCUUCUAGUAUUCUGAUUCCUACAAAUAUAUAGGGUAGAGAUUGAGCUCUCAAUUGAUGUUAUAUGCAGCAAAAACGGUUUAUACUUUUUUCAAAAAGGAGAUAAUCACUAGUAACCACUUGGGUUCAUCAAGCACAAUCCUUAUUUCUCUUCUGAUAGUGCUGUUACAUCACUCCUUCAGAUGAAUGGAAUAAUUAGUGUAAAUAUAUUCCUGGCAGGGUUCCCUACAAUCUUUGUAAUAAAAAGCAUACAAUUUC